AUGUUGUUAUCUGCUGUAUAUUCUGCGUUUGUAGUCCAUUUUGCAGUCUAUUGUCCAUUGGUUAGGGUUUCUUUGCUACUGAUUAUGGUUUAUUCAAGAUUUGAAGAUUCUUACAAACAACAACAUCAUCCGGUUAUUUUGUUCACAUUUUCUGCUGUUUUGUUACAGGAAAUGGUGAAACCAAAGAAGUCUAAUAAAGAUUUGGGUAGUUCAAAGACGCGUGGUCCUAUUCUACGGAAGCGUAUUCAGAAACAGAAACAACAGAAGCAAGUGGCAAAAAGGACAGCAGUGAAGAAACAAAAGAAAAAGGUGAAGAAAAAUGUCAAGAAAGAGGUUAAACCUAAGCCUAAACAAAUUCAGUACGGGUCGAGUUUUCAAAGUUUUGUGAAACUCUUGAAGGACAUAAAGUUCACAACGCUCCAGAAAGAGAAGAUAAGAAAAAUGCCAUUUAUUGAUCUUAUAUUUGCUGUGGUUGAUGAGAGCUUGACUGAGGCAUACCUGAGGAAAAGCGACCUGCAUGCUCUUUCGCUGAUAAUACGAUAAGAGGGAUCGGGAGGGAGGUUUAACCUAGGAACCAAAUCAGUCAAGAUAACAGCACAAGAGUUUGCACUUGUAUUUGGCAUCCCGUAUGGGCCCAACCGAAUUAAACCAACAACAAAACCGAGGAUGUCAGAAACAAGGUUUGCUAAUGAAGUCUGUAUUCGGGGAGGUAGGAUAAUGACGAAUUCAAGUCUGAAAGAAUACUUCCAAAUAGCUGUGAAGGAAAAGGAUGAAGAAAGUGCAAA